CUGCGAAGAAUACAUUGAACUUGGUUGCGGUGUCUGUGAUGUUCGUUCGUGCCGUUCUGCUCCCGAACGACUUUUGAAAACUCACUACUUCUAAAUGAAAUUAUGAUGUGCACAUGAUUGAUAACCGAGAUGCCUCCUGCAUACGCAUUAACGCUGCUCCUUCUGGUGCUGACUUCUUCCGGUGCCAUUGACGAAGACUUCGCCUUCGAUCUUUCCGACGAGAUAGGAACGCCGAUUCCCGUACAAAAUUUAAACAAGAAGUUCCUUCCAACUACAACCGCCGUCGUUGGACGUGUAUUCCAUUACCAAAUACCCGUAGACGUUUUUAAAGAAGAAACUAUAAAAUUAAAGGCAAAAUUAGAUGGUUAUCAAUCUUUACCAUCAUGGUUACUAUUUGGUAAAUCGGCAGGUGUUUUUUGGGGUGUUCCAACGGAAGAAGAUAUUGGAGAACAUCACGUGGUCGUCAAAGCUUACAAAAAGAAUGACAUCGUUACGUACGAGUUUAUUUUGAUUGUACACGAUGGUGAAAAUUACGAAGAAUGUUCGACGUCCGAUGAUUUAACGGUGCUUAAAAUAAAAAUCGCCAAAGAAUUGAAAACGAUCAAUCCUAAACAAAGAGUUACUUCCGUUAUGAACAUUGCAAAAUUUCUCGGGUUGCCAGAUAGUGCCUUUAAAAUAAAAUCAUCGCUCGAAUCAAAUGAAAACGCAAACGUUUUUAUGAUUGGACCAGGAAAUGUAAAAUCACGCAAUUUGAAGGCAUCGACAAUUAUUAAAGUCGUCGUCGGAUGUAAUGGGAGAUUGUGGAACAAAACAACAAAAAUUAUUCAUAGAUUAAAACCGCAAUGUGUUGAUGGAACGGUUGAAGAAGUUUUAGGAUUACCAGUUACUGGUUGGGAAUUACUUAAAGAAAAAUCUGAUUAUAGGUCAAAAAGACAAAUCGAAAACGGAAGCGGAGAUGAUUUAACAAAUAGUGGUGAUGGUGACGGUGAAGAUGAUUAUGUAUACGAAAAUUACGAUUACGAAGAAUACUUGGAUAACAACGAUGACUUAGAAACGCCUGUUCUUUCUUUCCCGGUCGGUACAACAACCCCACGCACAACAACAACGGAAAAGUUAACUACAACAACUCCUUCAACAACUACAACAACCACUUCAUCAACUUCAACAGGUGCUUCAACAGUUACGGAAGAAAUUACGGAAGUUCAUCCUCAUCGUCAUCAUCACGGCGAAUCUAUGAGUCCUAUUUCUGAAAAGAAAACAACUGUUAGUAUUCAAACCAGUAGAGAGACUAAUGUAUUUACAACAACUGAAAAAGACGAUUUUGACAAUUACGAUUAUGAUAUAGAUGAUGAAGAUGAUGACAUCGAAAGUGAAACGAUAAUUCCAGUGAACAAACCCAAACUUGAUUCAUCCAAUAAAAAAAUAACCAAAGUUGAUGAAGAUAAUUUGGAAUAUACACCAGCAAGUGAGUCCACAACAAUGAAUGAGAAAAUUACUGAACCAAUGAGUGAAACCACUGUUAGUGUUUUACCAAAAAAAUCCACAACAAUUAUAGAUGAAGAAGACGAUGACAAAACAAAAAUAGAAGUUACAAGUUAUAUAGAUAACGAAGUUACAUCUACCACUGAAAUCGAAAAAGAAAUUAUUACAAGUCCAACAACCACCACGUCAACAACCACAUCAUCAACUACAACAACCACAUUACCACCAUCAACUACAACCACAACAACCACAUCCACGACUAUUUUACCUCCAAUUUUAUUAACAACAAACUCAACAGAAUCUCAAACAACACCCAUCACUUCAACAACAGAAACAUUACUAAAACUUUCUACAACAACAGAAAGCGCUAAUAUAAACACAACAUUAUCUGAAGUUGUUGAAUCCACGACUCAACUAGGUCCAUCAACCGAAGAAACGAAUGAUACUCAGGAAGAAACUGUUGUUAAACAAACAACUCUUAGACAUAUUACAACAACGCAAAAACCGACUAGUCGCGUUACAACGGAAACUAUUAUUUAUGAAGUGCGGAAUUUCCCGCCGACUCUUCAAAACCGAUUAAAUCGUGUUGCUGCAACGGCCGGGAAAGCUUUUAAUUUUACUAUUCCUGAAGAUACAUUCUCCGAUUUAGAAGACGGAACGAAUUUGAAAUUGGAAUUUUUAGAUGCCGAAGGAAGACCUGUCGAUAAAUACUCGUGGUGUCAAUUCAGACAGGAAGCGAGGGAAAUUUACGGAUUGCCUAUGGAAGAUAAUGUCUCUAGAUGGACGUACACGAUUAGAGCGACGGAUUCUGAAGGUGCCUCAGUUUCAGAUCAUUUAGAAAUAUCAGUUCAACACCACAAAUCUAGAAGGGCGGUAAACCAUGAGUUCUCGCUUUACGUACAACUGGAAAAGAAGUAUCAGUUUCCAUACCAAAUAGAGUGGCCGCUACGAAUACUUAAUUCAUUAAAGGAAAUUUAUCGUCUUCCGAAUUUAAAUGAUAUAACUGUUAGGAAUGUAGACCACCAUAGUGUACCAGCAGUUUUUACUUGGACUAAUGACUCAUUGCCAAAACAUAUUUGUCCUAAAAAGGAAUUGGAUAGUAUUUUUAAGGUUUUGACAAUAAAUCACGAUGGUGAUCCAACGCACGAAUUAAUUACAUCUCUUUCACCUGCACUUAAAGUUAAAAAGGUCGCAUAUAAAGGACUAGGAGUAUGCGAACCAAAACAACCACCUCCAGCUCCAAUGACACCUCCAACAAAUUUCUCCCCAGUUUUAAGAAAUCCAGUAGAUCAUAUCAACGCUACCGUUGGAAAAUUAUUAGUGUUUAAAGUUCCAGAUGAUACAUUUUAUGAUCCUGAAGAUACAGAUCCACGUAAUUUACGUAUGAAGCUUUUAACAUCCGAUCGUCAACCGCUUCCAUUCGAUAAUUGGUUACAGUUCGACGAUAAAAAUAAAGAGUUUUAUGGUAUUCCAAUGAUUAAUGACACCGGAUCACGCGAAUAUCAACUGAUUUGUAAAGAUAGCGGGGGAUUAUCCGCUAGUGAUAGCUUAGUAGUUGUAGUACAUCCCGCUCCAAGAUAUCAUUACAACGUCGAAUUUCGAAUGUCUCUUGUAACCGAAUACGAAAAAUUCGUACAUAGCGCAGGCGUUAAACGAAAAUUCGUCGAAAAACUUCAGGAAUUAUUCGAAGAUAAAACCACCGAUCACAUCCAAUUAAAAUCAAUUAGUAGAGGUUCAACCAUUAUUAGUUGGUACAACACUUCGCUUCGUUUAGAUCAGUGUCCAAGAGAUGAAAUCAAAAGACUCGGUUCUAUGUUAGUGAAUACCGACCGAACGAUCGCUUCGAGAGUUCAGUAUAUUAUGGAUGACGAUUUUCCGGUUAAAUCAAUACAGUUGGAAGAUUUGGGAGCGUGUAAACGACAAUCCAUACAAGUACCUAAAUUAGAUACUACCCCACCACCUCCAGUAGAUGAAGGAGGAUCUUCUUCUAACUCGUAUCAAGACGAGUAUUUAGUCACCUUCAUUGUUCCAGCUAUUAUUAUUACCGCUAUGUUAUUAUUAGCUGGGGUGUUUGCUUGUAUUUUAUAUCGAAGGAGACGAAGUGGUAAAAUGAAUGUUGAUGAUGAAGGUAGAGCUACAUAUGGGAAUAAAGGUAUCCCAGUAAUAUUUCAAGAGGAAUUGGAAGAUAAACCAGAAUCAGGGACGAAGACUCCUAUAAUAUUUAAGGAUGAAAAACCUCCAUUGGCCCCACCCGAAUACAGCAAGAGUGGUUCUUUAAAAUUAACGGACGAUUCAGAGCCGUAUCAACCACCACCACCAGUAGCUAGGGUACAAGAAAACGGAAGGCAGUUAAGACCAAAACCAACGCCCACAUAUAGAAAACCUCCGCCUUACGUGCCUCCCUAAAGAUACAUAACUAAACCCACAUAAAAAAAAAUCCUUUAUUAAUUCCCCCCACACAGAGAGAGAGAGCUUGCUACGAUCGUUUCGUAGAUACAUUUUUUUUAUAAUUCGUCUCCUUUAAACAUACAUUUAUUUUAGACGUUUUAACAUCGCGUCGGGUUACAUAUCGUAAUUUUAGAAAACGAGGAAUGUUUCGCAAAAACACCUCUGUGUUUAAAAAGAAAACUUACUCUACGAUAAAAUUGUGUAUAUAGAAAAAAAAUUGUCUGUUUUUUAAUUAAGACUUAUGGGAAACUUAAUAAUUUUCGGUGUUCAAUUGUGAUUUGAUGGAAAAUUCAUGAAAAUCAAAAAAAAAGAACAAGAAAAAUGUACUUAUACCCACUCCUAUAGGUUUUUUCUUCUUAAAACGUACAAGAAGUAUGAAGACAAAUUGUGAUUUUUAAAACCAUUUUUAUACAUAUCUAGAAAUACAGAGGAUGUUGUAUUUUAACAUUUUUAACAAUACGAUUCUUUUUAAAAUCAUUUUAAAUAUUUAAAUACAACAUUUUCAUUAAAAAAAAAUGAAAAUUUUAAGUUUUAAUUCGCAUUUUAGGUUUUAUAGAAGAUCAAAAAAAUGUACCAAGAAAGUAAUAUAAUAGAUACUAUAAAUAUGAUACAAAACUCUAUUGAUGGGUAUCACUUUUUGUAUGUUUUUACUUUUCUAUUAUAGUAGUUUCUCUUUCUAUUUAACAAAAAAGAAAUCUAGUGUCUGGACCAAAAAAAAAUCGAUAUGGAGAAGAAUCUUUUUGUUUCUUCAAAUUUAUUUCACGCCGUUUCUCGCUUACACUUUGAUAGUGUAUAUUUAUGAUUAUUGUACGUACUUAUAUAUUUAUAUUAUAGUUGCGCGUAGUCUCACUCGUGUCUUUCUCGUUAAUAUGAUUCUUCCUAAUAAUAUUAAAAAAAAAAAUAAUAAACGAUCGUAAACUAACAAAACUAUCAGAAUAAGUGCCAUAUAUAUUUUUAAUAAUGAUUUUAUUGGUAAACAUUAAUUAAUUACUCAUUUCUGUAGCCUCAUCAAAAAAUAUUUAAUUGUAUAUCACACAAAAAAUAUAUAAAAAAGAAAACAAGAGGUACGCUUAUUUUUCAAGCACAAAACGACUUAUUUCACUUUUAUUUUUUGGUGAAUCUUAGCAGAAAAAUAAGUUUUUAAAUAAUAUUCAUAUAAAUUAUAAGGUCCACAUUGAUAUACAAUCGAAAAAUAUGUAAUAAGACUGUACAUUUAAUUAUAUUCUUACUUUUUUUCAAUUUUUAUUUGAUCUGUAUCUUAUUGUCAAUAAAAUUAUAUGUGUAUUCAAUGUAUUCCACGUGUGACGUAGUUUGUGGAAUUAUCUAAUAAAUAAAAUGUUCUAAAUGAUGAACUAAACUCA